GAUCACAAAUAUGUGAUUAGAAAUUUCUUAGCCGAACACUAAUUUUCCCAGAAGCCCCUGUCGGUUAUAUCUGCCGGAUACACCGGUUGUUGUAGGCUCGUGCUGGGAGUGAAAUAUAUUUUUUCCGGCGUACUGACUUUGAAACAUCAUGCCUGCAAAGGAUGACAAGAAAAAGAAGGAUUCAGGAAAGUCCAAAAAGGACAAGGACCCAGUAAACAAGUCUGGGGGAAAAGCCAAGAAGAAGAAGUGGUCAAAGGGGAAGGUGAGGGACAAGCUCAACAACCUGGUGCUCUUCGACAAGGCCACCUAUGAAAAGCUGUACAAGGAGGUACCCAACUACAAACUCAUUACGCCGGCUGUAGUGUCUGAGAGGCUGAAGAUCCGAGGCUCGCUGGCCAGAGCUGCUCUCCAGGAACUGCUCAGUAAAGGCAUGAUCAAGUUGGUGUCCAAACACAGAGCGCAGGUGAUCUACACACGAAACACCAAGGGCACAGAUGAAGCUGGAGUCGAGAAGGAAGCAUAGACUGGUUACGUUCUCGUUCUACUGAAGAUCAGCGGGGAGUCUGACAUGUAAAGAAAAUUUAAAUAAAAAACACUGGAAAAAAAAUAAUAAAAAACCUUGGCUAUGCAAUAUUGUUGCUCUUAUUAUGAUCUUUCAUGCUGCUUUUGGAAGUCUUUCCUAGCCAGAUGUUUUCUUAUUUUUAGUUCAUUUCUUAUUGUUUAGCUGUGGCUAGUUAGGUUGGGAAAUGAAUGUAGUUUGCAGUUCUGCAAGUUUAUGGUUUUAAAGAGAUUGCCAAUGGGGUCAGAGGAGCCAGGCAAGGCAGUGCAUGGAUAAUCACUGAGCACACAGUGGGCCCACUGCAGUUCUGCCUGAAUACGCACAGGACAUGGCAGACCACCAUGUUUGCAUCCUACCAAAUUUUGUAGCAGUGAUGAAAAUGAUGGCAACACUGGAAAAGCAUAUUUAGUUUCUGUUUUCAUAAAUAUGUGGAUGUUGUUAGAGCCAUUUAAAUUGUAAGAGUUUAAAUUUAAAAUCGGUGUGUUGAUUCAGAUUUUUAUGCUGCCCCUUGAAACAAGUGAUGUGAGUAGAAGAAUUUCCCUUCUAGAAAUGUGCACGUUUGAGAUGCAAGCCCGGUGUCUGUGAGCCGAUGUGAAAUUCCCCAGGGAGGACAACCUUGUAGGGAAUCUACUCACACCUCGUUUGACAUGCUAUGUUCAAUUAGUAUCAACUUCGGGACGUCCAGUGAAAUUCAGCAGACCUCGACUAAUGCUGUCGCACGUUGUUUGUUUAGCUGUGCCUGCUGAUUGCUAUUAAGAUCUUUGUGAUGCUCCUUGACCUGGUUUUGCAUGAGUGCAUCCAAAUAAAAAGUUGAAUUCAAAGUU